AUGGACGUCUUGGCGCCCGAAGAACUCGACGCCAUCGACAACAACCCCCUCGGCGAUGCGCUAGAUCCCAUUCGAGAAGCCCUGCGGGAAGCGGACUCGACGCUGGGCAGCUUCCAGCUAGACGGCACGGCGGACGUCGUCGACGAUGCAGAUGCGCCACAACGACCGCGUCUGCUGGUAGCAGCACUGGCCAGGCUUUUCGGCAUUCUAUCUGCAUCUGAGGUCCCCCUAUCCCUUGCCUCGAGGACCGGCAGAGAUUUCCUACUAUCUGAUUUGGGCCAUAUCCGCACAAUGCUUCGGGCGAACGACCUCAAUUAUCGUUAUCGUUACUUUCGUCCGUUGUCAAGAGCCAUUAUCAGGCAAGAACCAGACGCCGAGAUCUGGACUGCCGUCAUCCGCCUUAUUCUGGCAACAUCACAAGCCCACACCACUCCGCCUCCUAGCAGCUCUACUGUUGACGAAACCCCCAUCACCCAUUCAUCAGCUUCGCAGCAGGGGUCAGAACAGACUCGGCAGGCUAUCGAAGAACGCGUCUUUGAAGAGAUCUGCCACUGCACGCAUCGCGCAGUCGGGGGCUUCCACGAGAAAUACUUCCAGGGCAGGAAAUGGAACCGACGAGCGAAGCAAAUCUGGCGUCGUGCCAAAAGUCAGUACAGCGAGGACGAUCAUCGGUGGACGCGGCUCCCCAAGAAGGGCACCGAGGACGACGUAUGCGAGUGGUGGCUCAACCUGCAAAGGGAGCUACUGGCAAAUGAGAGAACCGCUUUCUUUAGAAGCUCCGGGAACAAUAGAGUUGGGACCGAGGCGCAAAGACAGCUGGACCUCUUGGUGAAACUGAAAGGAGACGGCUUGCAGCAUGACUGGAAACAUGUCCUGGUGGUUGGCGAAAUGAAAGAGUCGGACAAGAACUCCAAGGCUCUGUGGCUCCAGAUAGGCAGCGCAGUGCGAAACGUCUUCGCAGCCCAACCCACACGUCGUUUCGUCCAUGCAUUCUCGUUGAGGGGAUCCGAGAUGGAAAAUUGGAUCUAUGAUCGGUCGGGUCCGUAUAGUGGUGCCGUCUUUGACAUCCACGACCAACCCGAAAAGUUCAUCCAGGUCAUGUGCGGGUACCUGAUGAUGAGCGACGAAGAAUUCGGACUGGAUACCUUCAUAACGCAGAAAGAGCAGAGGCUUUUUGUCACAAUGCCUGUUGAACCCCGUGCGAACAGGAGAAAGCGGAAACUUGAGCUCGACGCCAAACCGAUCGCAUUUCAACGAGCCAUCGUCUGCCGCGGGACGACUUGCUUCCGGGCUCGCGACGUGGGUUCGACGGAACUUGACACGGUUGUGAAAUUUUCCUGGACCUCCAGCAAGCGACCGCCUGAAGCAGAUCUGCUCACAAAGGCUCACGAACGCGGUGUCAGGGGGCUUGCGAAAUUGGUCGGCUACUGCGAAGAGGUCACCAGCAUCAGCAAGCUGCGCGAAGGCCUCGUCUUUGGUACUCCGUACAAGUUUCGAGAUGUCCCGAACGGCUCUGGUGUGUCCACCUCACAGUCGUGGCUCCAUGGCCAAUCUGUGCAGUUCUCCGAUCCCAGCGUUGGCAGCAGUGCGUCUAGAAAACGAAAAUCCGUGGCCGAGUCGAGCCGUGCAGCCAAGCGAUCCCGAACAAAUAGCUCGCUACGCGGGACGGAAGACGAGGAGAGCAAGCUGAAUUACUCCAUUGAGGCACCGCAAGGGACCAGCCUUAUUCCAAAGGACCAAGAUCUACCAUUCGACAAUCGCAUUCUGCGAGUUCUAGCCAUUUCUCCAGCAGGACGAUGCAUCACUCAGUUUAGGACCGUUCUUGAGCUUCUCGAAGCCCUGUGCGACGCCAUCAAAGUACACCGAUCCCUUUGCCUGGACGGGAAGAUUCUGCAUCGCGAUAUCUCGGAGAAUAAUAUCAUCAUCACCAACCCGGACAAGUCCGAUGGCUUCAAGGGCAUGCUCAUCGACCUGGACUUGGCCAAGGAAGAAGGCAAGGGCCCUAGCGGGGCCCGGCAUCGAACCGGCACAAUGGAGUUUAUGGCUAUCGAAGUCCUUCUGGGAACGUCUCACACGUAUCGUCACGACCUCGAAGCGUUCUUUUACGUUUUGAUCUGGCUCUGUGCCCGUAGGGGCUGGGCUUUGUCGAAGGCGCCGCCACCCACGAAAAGCUGCUUGACCUUAUGGUACACAGGACGCUAUCAGGACAUUGCGCGAGUCAAGCGUGGGGACAUGUCUGAGGCAGGACUGGAGACGAUUCUCGACGAAUUUCCAAAAGAGUUCACCUGUGUCAAGCCCUUGUGCAAGAAGAUCAGAGACGUCCUCUUCUUGCAUAAAGGCUUCACUGGUACCCCAAAGAAUCCGAACCUAUUAUACGACCCUAUCCUUACAGCAUUUGAAGAUGCUAUUGCUGGACUUCGAGCGGAAAAUGCUGAGACUUGA